UCUGCUGCUUCUGCGUGCUUACAUUCAUUGAACCUAUGAAUGUUUUAUUAUUAUGUAACUGACUUUGAGGUUAAGAUCUGGUGCUAUAACUGAAAUAUAAAGUGUAUUAAGCUGUGCUGCUGUAAUGCAAGUAAAUUCUUGAAGCGUUUUUGUUGAUGCAUAAUACUCUGAAAUACUUUCGAAAUGAAAUCAUCAUUUUGAGUAUAAAAAUCAUGAAGCCAUCAGAUUUAACUAUUAUUUUAAAUGGUUUGGAGACAGUGACUCGAGCAUUAAUCAGAAUCAAUGAAACAGAAAUCAAUAAAGUAUGGAGAAAUUCAACUGUCAAUACCCUUGCAAAAUCAGUUGCUACCACAGUGGAAGAAACAUUCAGUGAUAUCAUAGUCUCUUCUGGAAAAGGAAAUGUCUUGGUAAAAGUUGCCUCUGAAGUCAGAGAGAGAGGCUCAAUGGUAACUGAAUCUGUGAAACAUUAUGCUACGUAUGUUGCAAACAGAAACAAAAUUCCUUCAGCAACUGAAGAAAUUUCUGAUUUGCAUAUUGAUCACCCUAUUUUAAAUGAAAAUAUGAAUCUUUCUAAUCCAAGUACUCUUCAGGGAAAUAGGCAGAUAGAAAAAGAAUCUUUCAAAAGUCCUGAGUACACUGAAGUUGUGUUUACUGCACCUCAGGGAAACAUAAAAACUGAAAAGGAAUCUCUCAAAAGUCCCGAAUCUACUGAAGCUGUGUUUACUUCGCAUCAAACAUUAAUAGAUAUCCAAAUACCUAAAGAAAUCUUGCCACAGCAAAAGAUUCAGAAAUCAAGAAUUAAACCUCAGUUAAGCGAACGAGCUCGAGAAAGGAAAGUACCUUCAUCACGCUUCAGUCGUCUCCUUUCAUAUGGAGGUCUUGCUGCUGGUAUGGGAAUAGGUGCUAUAGCAGAAACUGCAAGGAAAAGAUUAGGAUUUAAGACUGAAAAGAUUUCAAGUGUAGGUUCUCUUUUAUCAGAGAAUCCUUUCCUUUCUGAAGCAAAUGCUAAUCGAAUUGUUGAUACUUUAUGCAAAGUGCGGGGUGCUGCUUUAAAACUUGGUCAAAUGCUGAGCAUACAAGAUAAUGCUAUGAUGAAUCCUCAGCUAGCCGCUGUUUUUGAAAGAGUUCGCCAGUCUGCAGAUUUUAUGCCAUCCUGGCAAAUGGAAAAAGUUUUGCUACAAGAAUUUGGGCCAGAUUGGAGAGAAAAGUUUUCGGAAUUUGAUCCAAAACCAUUUGCAGCUGCAUCAAUAGGCCAGGUGCACUGUGCUAAGCUACUAGAUGGUACAGAUGUUGCUUUAAAAAUUCAGUAUCCUGGAGUUGCUGAAGGCAUUAAAAGUGACAUAAGCAGUUUGAAGCGCAUCAUAACUAUGUUGGAUAUUGUGCCAAAAGGCAUGUAUUUAGAAAAUGUUUUGGCAGUUGCUGAACGUGAAUUGAGAAGGGAAGUUGAUUACAUUAAUGAAGCUCAGUCUGGGAAAACUUUUAAAAAAUUGUUAGAAUCCUAUGAAGAAUUCUUAGUUCCAGAAGUUUACGAAGAUUUAUGCACUACAAAUGUGCUUACUACAGAAUUGGUUUAUGGAACUCCAGUAGACAAACUUCAAAAUGCUGAUCAAGCUUUGAGAAACAAGGUUUGUGAAAAUCUUUUGAAUCUGUGUUUGAGGGAAAUUUUUUUAUUCAGAUUUAUGCAAACUGAUCCCAACUGGUCAAAUUUCUUAUACAACUUUGAUACAAAUCAAGUGAGUAUCUGA